AGUUAUCCCCUCCCCCGGCGUUAAACCCCUCUUCCCCCGGCGGCCGCAUUUCCCAACCUGCAGUGCCGGGGGCAGGCCCGGGCUCAGAGCCUGCGGGAUGCUGCGGGCGGGCGGUCGGACUGCGCUGCGGGUCGGGCCCCGGGGCCUGGAGCCCGGGGCGGGCGGGCGGCGGCGCUGCUGCAGCUCUGGGCCGGACAGCCUGAAGCAGACGCCCCUCCACGCCUUCCACCAGCAGCAGGGCGGCAGGAUGGUGAACUUCGCUGGCUGGAGCAUGCCCGUGCAGUAUGCACUGAGCCACCUGGAGUCCCACCUGCACACACGCCGGCACUGCUCCCUCUUUGACGUCUCCCACAUGCUGCAGACCAAGGUGUUUGGCCGGGACCGGGUGAAGUUCAUGGAGAGCAUGGUGGUUGGGGACAUCGCGGAGCUGAAGCCGGACCAGGGCACCCUGUCUCUCUUCACUAAUGAGGAGGGAGGCAUCCUCGACGACCUGAUUGUGACCAGCACCUCAGAGCAGCACCUCUAUGUGGUGUCCAACGCAGGCUGCAGGGACAAGGACUGGGUCCUGAUGCAGGACCGAGCAGAAGAGCUGAGGGCUGCAGGUGGCGAUGUGCACCUGGAGGUCUCUGAGAACGCGCUGCUGGCUCUGCAAGGUCCCUCGGCGGUGCGGGUGCUGCAGACAGGCGUCUCGGAUGAUUUGGCCAAGCUGCCCUUCAUGAGUAGCAUGGUGAUGGUCGUGUUUGGCGUGCCAGGCUGUAGGGUGACACGCUGCGGCUACACCGGAGAGGAUGGUGUGGAGAUCUCGGUGCCCGUGGGACGCGCGGUGGAGCUGGUGGAGCUGCUGCUCAGGGACCCACAAGUGCAGCUGGCUGGGCUGGCGGCCAGGGACAGCCUGCGCCUGGAGGCAGGGCUCUGUCUCUAUGGCAACGACAUUGACGAGACGACCACACCUGUGGAGGCGGCUCUGGUGUGGACCCUGGGGAAGCGGCGCCGGGUGGCCAUGGAUUUCCCCGGUGCCACGGUCAUUGUUCCCCAGAUCAAAGGGAAGGUGAAGCGCAAGCGCGUGGGGCUGAUUUCCACGGGCCCCCCCAUCCGUCCACACAUGCCCAUCCUGAGCCUGGAGGGCAGACCCAUUGGCAAAGUGACCAGUGGCUGCCCCUCUCCCUGCCUGAAGAAGAACGUGGCCAUGGGCUAUGUGGAAGGCGAGCAGAGCCGGGUGGGCACGAUGCUGGCAGUGGAGGUGCGGAAGAAGAGCUGCCCUGCCCUGGUCACCAGGAUGCCCUUUGUGCCCACCCGCUACCACAUGCUCAAGUGAGGCACUGCUGGCAAGCCACGUCUCCCACCCACCCCAACUAAUCAGCAUGCACCUCUCUGCCCCACAUGAAAAGCCACAUCCCCAAUCAGGACUCCCCAAGGGACAGCCUGGCCCCACAGUGCCACCUGUCCAAGCAAGGCUGUGCCCCUCUGGGGGCACAGAGCCAAUGUCCAGCCAUGCACUGCCCAGCCAAUGCCAAGGCCAUCUGAGGCUGAUGUCAAACCAGGCCAGCCUGUUGGUUGUCGGGGGGAGCAGCCUCUCAGCUGUGCCCUGUGUCCAGACAUGCUCUGUUCUGCCACAUGCUGACAGGCAAUGGGCUGGCAAAGUGAAAGCCCCUCUGCUGCCCCAGCCCGCCUGGGCGUCCCCCUUUUCUGUAAUUGGGCUGUGAUUCUCCAUUAAAGACCCCCUGACUCCA